AGCAUUGAAAUCUCGCGCUCUUGCUGCCCAACGUUGCUUGGCUGCCUUCGCGCCGCCGCGAAACGCAACGCUGCAGUACUCCAAAGCGUAGCUUUAUUUAGUGACUCUAGGCGCUGCCAGCCUCGUUAUCCCACCCACAGGUCUUACCCCUCCAUUCGCAUCUAACUUCGUGCGUUUGUCUAUUCAUACUUACAUCCGAUUGGUUGCGUGCAGUGCGUGCGUUAGGUGCAUGACGCUUUCGCCAAGAAAGCCCCACUUCGUCCAACGUACGAAGAACGCUCCGUGUUGAAGUCCUUUUUAUUGAAGUACUAAGGGCGUACAGAUUUCGAAACGACCACCGUGGACGUGUUCUAUCAGCUAGUUUUGUGAGAGCCUGAAUGCGGCAGGUUCUCGCGUAAAUUUUCUUGUCACAGGGUUAUUUAAAACGUCAGCAUGUCUCUGGCCGAGGAGCUCUUGGCCGAUCUCGAAGAUGCCGGAGAUUUCGAAGAAGAUCAGCUUUAUCAACAGGACGCCCACAUCCAAGAAGUGGAAGAUGUCAUGCCGUUGGAGGUCGACACCAAGUCCAAGUCCGUCAGAGCCAUCGCCAAACUUCGCGACUCAGAAGAGUUGGCUCAUGUGAUGAACGCUAUAAAAGAGAAGAAGGAACAUGGACGCAAAGAAGAAGUGAUUGGGCCAGUCGAAGCCGAUCCAGAGUAUCAACUGAUUGUCGAGGCGAACAACCUGGCCGUCGAGAUCGACAACGAGAUCAACAUCAUUCACAAGUUUACGAGGGACAACUAUUCCAAACGCUUCCCCGAGUUGGAGUCGCUCGUGCCCGGAGCGCUUGACUACAUGUCGACGGUCAAGGAACUGGGCAACAGUCUGGAGAAGGCAAAGAACAACGAGAUGCUCCAACAGUUCCUCACGCCAGCCACCAUCAUGGUUGUCAGCGUCACGGCUUCGACGACCCAGGGACAGCUACUCUCUCCAGAGGAGUUGGCAACCAUCUUUGAAGCGUGUGACAUGGCACUGGACCUGAACGACUUCAAGCUGGAGAUCUACUCAUACGUCGAGUCACGCAUGUCCUUCAUUGCGCCCAACCUCUCUGCCAUUGUAGGAGCGUCCGUUGCCGCCAAGCUCAUGGGUGUGGCGGGCGGCCUGACCAACCUCUCCAAGAUGCCCGCCUGCAAUGUUCUGGUGCUUGGUUCCCAGAAGCGAACCCUCUCCGGAUUCUCCUCGACAGCUGUCAUGCCUCACACUGGUUUCGUCUACUACACGGACAUUGUGCAGAACACGCCCGCAGACCUGCGUCGCAAGGGAGCCCGCCUCCUGGCGGCCAAGUGUGUGCUGGCAGCGCGGGUGGACAGCUUCCACGAGUCUCAGGAUGGGACGGUGGGGCGGUCCCUGAGAGAGGAGGUGGAGCGCAAGCUGGACAAGCUGCAGGAGCCGCCCCCGGCCAAGCAGGUCAAGCCCCUGCCCCAGCCCAUCGACCAGAACCGCAAGAAGCGUGGCGGACGCAGGGUACGGCGAAUGAAAGAGCGGUUUGCCGUCACCGAACUGCGCAAGCAAGCCAACCGCAUGACCUUCGGAGAGAUUGAAGAGGAUGCUUACCAGGAUGACCUUGGGUUUAGCUCGGGACACAUCGGCAAAGCGGGAACAGGUCGCAUUCGUGCCGCGCAGGUGGAUGAGAAGACCAAAGUCCGCAUCUCCAAGACUCUGCAGAAAAACCUCCAAAGACAGCAGGUUUAUGGUGGCAGCACGACAGUGCGAAGGCAGGUGUCCGGAACAGCAUCCAGUGUCGCUUUCACACCCCUACAGGGGUUGGAGAUCGUCAAUCCACAUGCCGCCGAGACCAGAGCAGGCGACAGCGGUGCGAAGUACUUCUCCAACACAGCUGGCUUCCUCAAGCUACAGAAAAACUGAGAAGAAAAUUCUUUACUGUACGAUACAAACAUAUGUAAAUACAAAAUGGAACACAAUAAAUACCUCUCUUUGAUGCA